AUGGCUUCCAGCCGGCCCUCCGGUGCCUUCGAAGGCUCCCCUCCUCCUGAAAUGAUUGAAGACAACCCAUCUAGAGAUCCCAUUUCCAUAUCGGAUCACCCGUUUCGUGCGAUUUUAUCUGGGCCGUUAGAUAGGGACCGUUCUGGCCGGAGGCAGUACGUGAGUUUUAAUUCGGAUUACACAUCACCCAACUUAUUGAACCUGGAUACACGAUUACCACCACAUCAAGAGACCACAACUCAAUAUCAGCCGGUCGAAGGACAGUCGCUCGUGCAGACAUGGGAUUUCCCUAGCCAUAGUCCUUACCACCAUCCGCUAGUCAAUCUUCCGAGAUUUUCAACUGUAACUCAGCCACAAAGUCCACAAGAUUGGUUGCUGCUACCACCCGUAUUGGCAUAUGACCACAUCACAGCUCGAAGUAUACAUGAACAAAAUACGCCAGCGUACGAUUCACAUCGCUAUAUCGCUCCGAGCUAUACCCUUGCAGACUUCAAUGGUACUGGCUAUGGGAUGCUCGGUCACAGUGCUCCUGAUUAUGGUGCCGUCGCCAGUUUUGGACUCUCUGGCCAUCGCAUUACAGGCUCUACUUCCGCCGAGUGGAGGUCUCCACCUUCCCGUCCUCCCCCAUAUCAAAACUCACAACACAGCUCACCACGCCGCCCUACACAAAACACCGGGUUUCUGUUGCAAAGUACGGCGCCAUUCAAUUUCAAUGUAGCACAGCCAGAUUCUCCGCGGCAACAAGAAUCUGCUCACGAUGGUGGUCCGGCCGUUACCUACGUGUUCGACAGCAACCCUGCUGGCGCCGGCUCACCUUGGAGUUUCUCCACAACAGGCACUUACCACCACGAUCCUCGGCAUAGCAGACGCGGUCAAUUCAACUAG